UCCAUCAGUUAGCAGUCAGAAUCGAAUCAGUCAAGACGAUGUUGCGCAUUGUGAUUGUUUUGUGUUCCUUUACUUGUUUGGCGCUGGCCGCACCGACUGUGCAUCUAUUUCAGCCAUCUCCCGAUGGAUACGAAGACAAUACUGAGCUCCCACUGAUCAUUGAGCCGGUAGCAGUAACAAUGAACCCUCUCGUAGAAACAUCUUAUGUGGAUCCAGUGAACGUGAAUUACUACCAACCGAUGGCAACCGCGAAUCAACAGCCCGUGCAACAACAGCCAUCCUAUUACUAUCCACCAACAUACUUGAAUACAUACAACCUACCUGGUUAUCAGCAGCAACCUUCGUACGAUUACCAGUGGCAGGGGCUACAACCGAUUCCACGGCAGCAACCAAUGUUUCAACCACCAAACACCAACGUUCUGCCUUGGUCCCAGACCCGGCACGUCGGUGGCUAUCAACAGCAUGGUUAUUGAUGUGGUAUCCGUUCCAGCUAUUUCGCGAACCAAUAGAAUUUCAUUCCCGCAAGUCUUGGCGAUUGUUACACAAAAGCAAACACUCGUCAAUUAUCCUUCAUACAGCUCUAAUUUUACGAAUGAAAUCACUUCAAAGUCCAUUUAUCCCUCCGUUAGUGUUCAUCGGGG